AUUUAUUGAUCGCCUGCUGUGCAUCCGGCAUUGAGUGUACUAAGCGUUGAAGAAACAGGUGAAUGAAGCCGGGGCAAGUCCUUUCCUGUGUACAGACUCUAGUCCUUGCCCUGGUCCUGGCGAGCGGGUAGUCUAUUCCAAACGUGUGCAUUUCUGGAGAUCCCAACAUGUGAAGGGCUGCAAGGACUGUCCGCUCACAGAGUCUCUUGGGAGUGCAGAUCCCUGGCUGUAGGGCCACGUUCCCCGUUCCUCUAAACUCUUUCCCCGACCAUAUAAGGAGAGGCAGCUGCUGGGGCCGUCCCCAGGAUCUAAAGAUAGCAGCCCCUGCCCUGGACUCUAAGCUGCGACCGGGCAGCGGCAGCCGCCAUGGCACGUCUUCCCUCUCCCACCCCUAUGAAGCCCCACCUCAACUCCUCUUCAGGCAGCAUGCCCGGACCCUGUGGUACGACAGGCCCAAGUAUGUGUUCAUGGAGUUUUGUGUUGAGGACAGCUCCGAUGUCCACGUGCUCAUCGAAGACCACCGCAUUGUGUUCAGCUGCAAGAACCCAGAUGGAGUGGAGUUUUACAAUGAGAUUGAGUUCUAUGCCAAGGUGAACUGCAAGGACUCUCAGGAUAAACGCUCUGGCCGCUCCAUUACUUGCUUUGUGAGGAAAUGGAAGGAGAAGGUGGCCUGGCCCCGGCUCACCAAGGAGGAUAUCAAGCCAGCGUGGUUGUCUGUGGACUUUGAUAACUGGAGAGACUGGGAAGGGGAUGAAGAAGUGGAGUUGGCUCAGGUGGAACAUUAUGCAGAGCAGCUUUUGAAGAAGGUCAGCACCAAGAGCCCUCCCCCUGCAAUGGACGACCUGGAUGAUGAUUCUGACAGUGCUGACGCAAGAAGUAAUUAACUUUCUGUCACAGCAGAACCGGAGAGGAAGCUGUGGCUGUCUUCUGGUCACUCUGACAAGCUAGGGCCUGGGUCUUUGUCAGCUCUUUGCCUGGGCACCAGGGUCCUCUGGGAUCUCUGAACUUUCCGAAGAGCUCUUUAUUAAAGGUCCUCCUCAUGCUUUA